AUGAGUGUAAUAGGAAAUAUUUACGAAAACUCCCCAUUUAUUGAUGAAGUUAAAGAAAAUGACAAUAAAAAUCUAGUGGAAGAUGAAAAUAAGUCAGAUAUUUCCUCUAAUAAACCAAACAUUUCUGAAAAUUUACAAACUCAAUUAAUAAAUAUUUCUUCAAAAUCUAAUUAUAUUAAUAAUUUCAAACCUAAUGAAAGGAAAAAUGUCAAGACGGAUGCAAAUGAAUCUAAUAGUUUAUCUAUUCGAAGGAUUUUCAAAAUUAGUCUUAAGUCAGAAUUGGUACUACAAAAAUUAACUGCUAUAGAUAUCAAACCAGACAAAAUGAAAAAUUUAAAUAAUCGCACUUCUAAUACAUCUUAUCGUGAAUUAAUAUUUGAUUCUAAACUACAGACGUGUAUAUUUCAUUCUUCUAACGAAGUAAAACAAUACAAUGCAAAAAAUACUGCUCGUAAUAGUAUACAAAUUAUUUUGAGUAGAUUUUUGAAAAAUUAUUCAUCAUACUAUAUUUUAAAUGACCACAUCUUAAUCAAAUUGCAAAUUUUACAAAAAAAAUUAGAAUUUAGUACACCAGACAGAAUAGAACAGUUGAUUAAAGAACAUAUUUCAGUGGAAUUAUCUGAUAGUAUAAUAAUUCAACGGCUUAUAGAAAUUGCUAAUGAUUUGUUUGAAUCUAUAAAUGAUGAAGUUAUGUCUGAAAAAUUGCCGAUUACAUUUAAAACAAAUAAUUAUUCUCGUCAAGUUCUAAACAGGCUAGACGAUAUGAAAAAAUUAUUCUCCUCGGAUACUAAUUCGUCAAUGAAAUACCUAGAAAAACAAAAUAACAAUAAUAAAAAUAUGUUUAACAAAAAUAAAACCAAUAAUAUCAGAGAGUUUUUAAAGCAAGGUAACGGUAUCAAUGAAAUUGAUAGUUCCAUAAGAUCUAAUGAUCUUAAAACACAACCAGAUUAAACUGUAAAAAAAUUCAACGAUUUCAA